AUGGCUGCGAGUGCCAUGUUUCAGGCUACUGCAAACAUUAAAGGAGCUGUGUCAUUAAUAAAUCAAUUGGAUACUGAACGAUUUCCGCUCUUGCUAGUUCGCAUUUUACAAAAACUCCACGUAAAGGAGGGAAGAAUUUUCACAGAAGAGGAAGAGAAUAAGCUGCAAACUUCUCUUGGCAUAGAAGAAAAGAAAGAUCUUCAGCUCAUACUGGAUAUUCUAUCCUUCAUAUUUGAGCAAGCAGUUUACCAUGUUGCUAAACCUGCAGUCUUAAAGCAACAACUAUUGAAUAUUGACCUAGAUGAAGUGAAGGUUGACGCUUUUAUCGAAGCCUGGUCUACAAAUGCGAAAAAUGUUAUCGACAGAGUUAGACAAAGAAAUUUUAUAAAUAAUCAGUUAGAAGAUAUUAAUUGGCAGCUCAAUUUACAGCUGGCACAAAGUGAAAAAACAAAGAUGAAAGCUCCAAACGCUAUCUUGGAGUUAGGGAUUCGAUCAGAAGACAAAAACACUAAGGAAAAAGUUCAUGUAGAAUUUUCACAUGCAGAAUUAUAUGACUUUUAUGACAAGCUGGAAAUUAUCCAAUCACAACUGGAUUCACUUAACAAAUGA